AGAUCAUACAGGCUGUGCCUAGUCUUCUUGAUUUACUUCCCGUCAGUUUUCCAAUUCAUGGCUUCGUAUAUCAAAAGGAUUGCUUCAGUGUCAUCUUCAUGUUUUGUUAGCUGAUGCAACGAGAUUCGGGAGCAGGGCCCAGGGGCGAGAGCCUUUUCGUCGCUAUGAGUGAAAAUUCUCGAACUAUUGCAAUUCUUGUGAUUGUGUAUUAUUUUGCUAUAAUGAUUUCAAUGGAGCAAUAAAUAAAUGAG